AGUGUUGAUGUGGACUACUGGGGAACAACAUUUCUUCAUUCCGUUAUCAGUAAUCCCCAAGGGAAGUCUACCAAACUGUUUCCUGGUUGCUCUCAUUUCUAAAUUUUGAGCUGGUGACUAGAGUUACUUAUAAGGUUUGCUUCUGCGAAUUUAGUGUUUAAAGCCAGCAAUACAUCACCUGUACUAAAGGGAUUAAGUUAACUUAAAUGUGGAGCUGCAGUUUUGGAACUAGAGUGGCAGGAUGCCCUCCCUGAACCUUUGAUUCUAGACCAAAAUUGAAACAAUGGUUGACCUUACCGACCUAAUGGAUGAUGAAGUAUUCAGGGCUUUUGCCUCCUAUGCAACAAUUAUUAUUUCAAAAAUGAUGCUUAUGAGUGCUACAACUGCGUUCUAUAGAAUGACAAGAAAGGUUUUUGCCAACCCAGAAGACUGUGCAACACUUGGCAAAGGAGAAAACGCCAAGAAGUAUCUUCGAACAGAUGACAGAGUCGAACGUGUACGCAGAGCCCACCUGAAUGACCUUGAAAAUAUUGUUCCAUUUCUUGGAAUUGGCCUUCUGUAUUCCCUGAGUGGUCCUGACCCCUCCACAGCCAUCCUGCACUUCAGAGUCUUUGUCGGAGCACGGAUCUACCACACCAUUGCGUAUCUGACACCCCUUCCCCAGCCAAACAGAGCUUUGGGCUUUCUUGUUGGAUAUGCAGUUACUCUUUCCAUGGCUUACAGGUUGCUGAAAAGUAGAUUGUAUCUGUAAAGAGAAUCAUACAACUCAUCGUCCAGUUGGUUUCUUAAGAAUUCUCUACUUCCAAUACUUCCUUAGGUUUUAGGUAAGAGAGAAGCAGAGGAAUUAUGAACUGGGGUAAACCCAUUUUGAAUAUUAGCAUUGCUAGUAUCCUGUACUCUUGAUUUACAUUUGGAUUAGAAAUUUAACAUCAUAAUUCUUACGUCUUUUGUCUGGUUUUUAAAGUACUUUCUUAUACAUUUUAAUCAUGUUAUGAUUUGUGACAUUCACUCAACGCCGCACUUUUGAAUCUAUAAAAUAAUCACAUAUAUGAGAAACAUUUCAAUACUGCUGAAACGGAAAUAUGAAAUAAAAAAUUUAGAGAAUGA